ACACAAUAUCACAAGUUAUCCACACUCCUAAAAACACAUCAUAUUCAAAUAUAUGGAAUGAUCUAUUUAUCGCUACUGUAUACAUGAUAGAAUAAAUAAUCUCAUAUUUCUAAUCAAAUAUAAGAUAAUAUAAUUCUGCAUUUUGUCUUUAAAAUUAUUAUGCUUUACGUCUUACGCCAAACUAUAUAAAUGAAAGUCUACUUUCUAUUGUCACCCAUUAAACGUGUAAGACACAUUGCACGUAUUCAAUAGUGCAAUGUAAAGUAAAGUAAACUCUUGCGUGCUGUCAUUUCUUUUUGGUGCAAGAAACUAAUACUUAAUAUAUUCUAUACCACAUGGUCUUAGCCUUUGUAACUAAUUAAGCUUAUUUAAUCCAACCCCCCCAAAGCUAAAACUAUAAAUCAAAGUUGUUUGCAACAACAAAUAAUCAAUUAUGACUAAGUUAACAAUCUUUCUCUUUCUCUCCUUUUGCCUAAUUUCAUCAUCAUAUUCAUUGGCCUACAAAAGUACUCAUGAUGACUUUGUUGAAUGUCUUUCUCACAAAAUUAUGAACUCAACCUUAAUAUCACAAGUCAUACACACUCCUAAAAACUCAUCAUAUUCCACCCUUUUAAACUCAUUUUCAUUUAACCUAAGGAUAAGCUCCAACUUCGAACCAUCAACAAUUUUCACUCCUACCAACGAAUCUCAAAUCCAGGAAGCUAUACAUUGCUCCAAGAAACAUGGUCUACAAAUUAGAAUUCGAGGCGGUGGACAUGACUAUGAGGGACUUUCAUACAUUUCCGAGAUUCCCUUUGUCGUAAUUGAUCUUAGAAACCUAAGAUCAAUAUCCAUUGACACCGAAAAAAAGACAGCUUGGAUUCAAGCUGGCGCGACCCUAGGAGAAGUUUACUAUAGAAUCGCGGAAAAAAGUAAAAAAUUAGCCUUUGCUGCUGGGGUUUGCCCAACUGUGGGUGUUGGUGGACACUUUAGUGGUGGAGGGUAUGGUAUGUUGUCAAGAAAAUACGGUACUGCUGCUGAUAACAUCAUUGAUGCAAAAUUAAUUGGUGCUAAUGGACGUAUCCAUGAUCGAGAAUCAAUGGGUGAGGAUCACUUUUGGGCUAUUAGAGGAGGUGGAGGGACUAGUUUUGGUCUCAUUAUCUCGUGGAAAAUAAAAUUAGUUGAUAUUCCAGAAAAGGUAACCGUGUUCAAUGUGCCACGAACAUUGGAACAAAAUGUUACUCAACUUGUUUACAAAUGGCAACAUAUCGCAGACAAAGUUGAUGACAAUCUCCUCCUCAGGAUCUUCGUGAGAAAUAGUGAAUUUCCAUUCGGGGGUGGGCAAAGGACUAUCCACGCCUCUUUCGUUGCACUAUACGUUGGAGGAGUGGAUGAACUCCUCCACGAAGUUCAAAAGAGCUUCGCGGAGCUAGGGUUAGUGAAAGACGAUUGCAUUGAGAUGAGUUGGAUUGAAUCUACACUCUUCUUUGCGGGUUUCCCUAGGAAUACAUCACUUGAUGUGUUACUAAAUUGGAAUACCACAACUAAUCAAAAAGGAUACUUCAAAGGGAAAUCAGACUAUGUCCAACAAACAAUUUCUUUGAAUGGUAUUGAAGGUGUAUUGAAACUAUUAUUCAACCAAUUAGGAGGCGAAAACUCGGGUGCUGAAUUACAAUUUAGUCCUUACGGAGGAAAGUUGAGCGAUAUCUCAGAAUUUGAAAUUCCUUUCCCUCAUAGAGCUGGAAACAUAUUCAUGAUUGAGUACGCGGUGUAUUGGGGAAAUAUUAACUAUUCUCAAAGUAACAUAGAUUGGAGUCGAAAAAUUUAUCGAUACAUGGGUAAGUAUGUAUCAAAAUCUCCAAGAGCUGCAUAUUUCAAUUAUAGAGAUCUUGAUUUAGGGAUGAAUAAUAUUAGUGGAAACACAAGCUAUGCACAAGCAAGAAUUUGGGGAGUGAAAUAUUUCAAGAACAACUUUGAUAGAUUGGUCAAAAUCAAGACUAAAAUUGAUCCAACAAAUUUCUUUAGGAAUGAACAAAGUAUUCCUCCUCUAUAUCUUUUUUUAGGUCAUAAUAUAUGGUAGUGAAUUUAUAUAUAUAUAUAUAUAGUCCUAAAAAUUAAAUGUAUCAUUCAAAGAUUGUUCAAGAUAAAUAGUGUUUGAUUUAUGAAUUCUUUUCAAGUAAUAAAUUUUCUAUAUAUUAUGUUCUUCAUGUUAUAGUUCGUGAACUUGUACAUCAGUAUGAGUUAAUAAUUACUAACACAACACUCGUGGAUUUUUGGUAGUGGUGUCACCCCCUGAGCUUACACCUUAGGCGAGAUUGACACUCGAGAAUCAUUGUUGGCCCUAAGCAACCCUUGACCUUACUUACUACUUAGCGGAAGACUUAUAUAACAAGGAAAUAGUGUCUCAAAAGAUAAACUCAUGAAAUAAACUUAGAAUAUCUUAAAAUCAACAUCCAACUAGAUAAAACGACAACUCAAGUCUCAACAUCAUACACUGAAAAAUGGAAAA